AUGGAUGGCAACACUUUCAGGAAGGAAGUGGCUGAUAAAGAGAUUGCUGCCUUGCCCCGGGACAGCUGCCCUGUGAGGAUCCGAAAUAGGUGUGUCUUGACAUCCCGGCCUCGAGGGGUGAAGCGGCGUUGGAGGCUUAGCAGAAUUGUUUUCCGCCAUUUUGCUGACCAUGCUCAAAUGUCUGGGAUACAGAGAGCUAUGUGGUAGAACAUCACACGGACCUAUGUUCAAGGCAAAACCCCCCAAUGGGCUCAGUUUGUGUGCUCAAGUAAUUAGAGCAUGGCUGUCCUGUCUAGGAGUCCAGUAUAAGCAUAAAACGAAUAACGGGGAGGAAGAGAAGCCAUGCUCGCUCAUAAAAUUCACUUACUGGAUUGUGAUUGGUAACAGCUAACUGAUGGGAAAAAGCAUAACUGCACUAAGCCAGUCUGUGUUAGAGGCAGGUUUAUUUUGAGACAAUCACCACCUGAUUGUUGCAGAGCUAAGCUGAGGUUUGUAAUAAGGACAACAUUAAAAAUAAAGACAUACAGCACCAGGCUCA